GCAUCUGAAGGAUAACGACGACGACGACGACGACGACAAUGUCUGAGAAGAGCCAAAUCCCCGAUAACAGCAACAACAACGCCGCUUCUUCUUCGUCGGCGAAGAAACCGGCGACAGAGAUCGGAUCGAAUUCGAGCUUCUCGGGUCAGAGGAUGACGUAUCCUAACCGGCCAGAGUCGGUGAAUCCGGAUCAGGCGACGCUGAGGGAGCAGUGGAAGUUCGCGAUAAGGCAGUACAGCAAGUGGUACUCACACGCUUGGGGCACUGCGAUUCUCGCCGGAGGCGUCUUCUUCGGACUCGGUUGGAUCAUCAAAGGCUCUAAUCCUCUUCCUUCACUCCAAUCGAGUUCUAAGUCUCCUAAACCCGAUGAAGAGAAAUGAUUCUCCAGGUUGUUUUUGUUGCAGAUGGGGAAAUGCAGUCGUGAGAUGAGAGAUGUUGCAUUAACAAUGGCACAUCUACAAGAAUCAUCGAUCUUUUCGAAGUAGAGAGAAAGAGGGAGGGUGGGAGAUGAGAUCACAAAGCAAGCCAUUGUAGAGUAUAAACUUAACAAGAAAAAAACUUUGUUUGUCUGAUGAUUUUCCAAGAAUGUAUGUAUGUAUACAAAUGUGCAAGAAAUUAGUGAAAAUGUUAAAUGUUUAAUAAAUAAAAUACAAUGGUUGUGUA